GUGACGCGAGAGUGAUUCCCGAGUUUAGACGUGUUGUUAUAAUAUUUACAAAUAUUUAUCAAUUUUUAUCAUCUUCCAAGACCAUCAACAAAAUCAACAAUGUCAGCAAGAAAAACAGCUGGUCGUCGUGCAACAACAAAAAAACGUGCACAACGUGCAACAUCAAAUGUAUUUGCAAUGUUUGAUCAAGCACAAAUUGCUGAAUUUAAAGAAGCAUUUAAUAUGAUUGAUCAUAAUCAUGAUGGUUUUAUUGAUAAAGAAGAUUUGCAUGAUAUGUUGGCAUCAUUGGGUAAAAAUCCAACUGAUGAAUAUCUUGAAGGAAUGAUGAGUGAAGCACCAGGUCCAAUUAAUUUUACAAUGUUUUUAACAUUAUUUGGUGAACGUCUUCAAGGUACUGAUCCAGAGGAUGUUAUUAAAAAUGCAUUUGGAUGUUUUGAUGAAGAAAAUAAUGGUCAUAUUAAUGAAGAACGUUUACGUGAACUUUUAACAACAAUGGGAGACAGAUUUACUGAUGAUGAUGUUGAUGAAAUGUAUCGUGAAGCUCCAAUAAAAGGAUCAAUGUUUGAUUAUCUGGAAUUUACCAGAAUUUUAAAACAUGGUGCCAAGGAUAAAGAUGAACAAUAAUCAACUGGCAAUUAAUUUGUCUUUGAAUUAUUUUAUCAGCUAUAAACAAGAUCUGCUGAUGGACCAAUGAGUGCAUUUUUUUAUUUGUGUAAUCAUUGUGGUUAUCGAUUGAAAUUUUGUUAAAUUUAUCAUCUAAUAUAUUAUAUCUAUUUACCUAUCUCUUUUUCUUUUUUUUUUUUUUGGUUUGCCCUUUUUAUAUUUCGUUUUUAACAAACGAUACAAUAAAGUAAAUUUGUAAAACAAUAUU